AAGAAAAAGACUUCAGACCAAUUCAAUCUAAUUCCUCAAAACUCCCAUCCAAACCAACCUUCAGAUCCGACGCAUUCACCUCAGAUCUCUCUCUCUCUUCCUCUUUCUCUCUCAAUCAAUCAAUCCGCCCAAGUUCAGAGUUCAGACACUAGCUCUGUGUUACAAACACAACCUAACAGAACUACUUCUGUUGUUGUUGGAGUUUGGUGACAACUGAAGAUAUUGUUAAAAACAAGUUGGAUGGAACAUGAAUAUGGAUAUGUACAGUAGGAGAUGGUACACAUUGAAUUGGAUUCAGAGAUUAGUAAUUUUAAAGGGAUUAUAAUUGAUGAUUUUGAUAGUGAAAGCUUAGGAUCUGGCAUUCGUAGAGAACUUUCAUUUUCGCGUUGGUGUGACGAUGAUAAUGAUGGCUGUGGUGAUGGAAGGGUCCAUUUGGAUCAACAAUUAGAUGAUGAUGAUGAUGAUGAUGUUAGUGUAGAAGAAGACACUGAUUUUGAGUUACCUUUUAUUAUUCAAAAGAAUGAGGUGCAAGUGCAAGGAAAACCUUUAGAUAGAGAGAGAUUAAUUUUUGAGAAGUUUCAGCAGCAAAAGAGUGAGCUAAUGAGUGGUGCUAUUGCUAUGGAUGAUGAAACUGUUCAUAGAAGAGGUAAUGGAUCCGAGAAGUAUGUGCCUUUUGACAUUGAAGAUAUCCCUGAGAGGGGAACAGUUGGUGGUGACUCAUACAUUUCUGUGGGCAGCGAUGGAUCGCUGGAUAAAGUCUCUCAAAAUGCUAUUCCUGCAGCAAAUAUCUUGAAGACAUUGUUUUUCAUACUUGUGUGGUACACUUUCAGUUUAUUUUUGACCUUGUAUAAUAAAAGUCUGUUGGGAGAUCAUAUGGGAAAGUUCCCGGCUCCUUUUUUAAUGAAUACUAUCCACUUUACAAUGCAAGCUGUUUUAUCAAAAUUUAUCACCUGGUUUUGGUCUCAUAAAUUUGAGACUAAUGUGGUCAUGUCUUGGAGGGAUUACUUUUUGCGAGUUGUCCCGACUGCUCUUGGAACAGCUAUGGAUGUUAACUUGAGCAAUGUAUCUCUAGUUUUUAUCUCUGUCACAUUUGCUACAAUGUGUAAAUCUGCUGCUCCGAUUUUUCUCCUCUUGUUUGCUUUUGCGUUCAGGUUGGAGGCACCAAGUUUUAAACUAUCAGGAAUCAUUUUUGUCAUCUCCGUUGGCAUAUUACUAACAGUUGCAAAAGAGACAGAAUUUGAAUUUUGGGGAUUUGCACUUGUCAUGCUUGCUGCUGUUAUGUCUGGGUUUCGCUGGUGUAUGACUCAGAUCCUUUUGCAGAAAGAAGCCUAUGGUCUGAAAAAUCCACUUACUUUGAUGAGCUAUGUAACUCCAGUAAUGGCUGUGGCAACCGCACUUCUUUCUCUUGCAUUAGAUCCAUGGGAAGAAUUCCGAGAAAAUGUGUACUUCGAUAAUUCAUGGCAUAUAACUCGAAGUUGUUUGCUGAUGUUUUUUGGUGGAACACUUGCCUUUUUUAUGGUACUAACAGAAUAUAUUUUGGUCUCAGUAACUAGUGCCGUCACAGUCACAAUAGCAGGGGUUGUUAAGGAGGCCGUCACCAUAUUGGUUGCAGUAGUAUACUUUCAUGAUGAAUUUACUUGGUUGAAAGGAUUUGGCCUAUUCGUUAUUAUGGUUGGUGUCAGUUUGUUUAAUUUGUACAAAUACAAGAAGCUUCAUAAAGGUGAUAAUGUGGCAGAGCAUCAUACAAAAGAUUCUGCAGCCAAAUAUGUUAUUCUUGAGGAAAUGGAUGAACAAAAUGAUGGCAUCUGAAAACCUAUAUAGAUCAAAUAAUUCAUAUCCAAAGCUGAAGCAAUGAUUUUUCAAAAAGACCAAAGGGCACAAAAUUGUCUUCCAGGGACUUGCCUUCGCCAUCUCAUCGACGCCAAUGGUUUCUUCUAUUCUGUCACAAUAAGUGUUUAUUCAGUUACAGAUUUUGGCAUUCUUUCGAGUUAAUAAGAUAUAUGUUGUAGAUCAAAACAGGUUGUUAAUAAAUAAAUUUUCUUCAUUUUUGUUUGCUAAUAUUGUAAUUUGUAUUAAAUUUUGUAAUUUUGCCCACGUCGAAAUAUAAUGCAUGUUUUAAUUUUGCCAAUA